AUGGCUCUGCCAGGUAUGGCUCUGCCAGGUAUGGCUCUGCCAGGUAUGGCUCUGCCAGGUAUGACUCUGCCAGGUAUGGCUCUGCCAGGUAUGACUCUGCCAGGUAUGGCUCUGCCAGGUAUGACUCUGCCAGGUAUGACUCUGCCAGGUAUGACUCUGCCAGGUAUGGCUCUGCCAGGUGUGGCUCUGCCAGGUAUGGCUCUGCCAGGUAUGGCUCUGCCAGGUAUGGCUCUGCCAGGUAUGGCUCUGCCAGGUAUGGCUCUGCCAGGUAUGGCUCUGCCAGGUAUGGCUCUGCCAGGUAUGACUCUGCCAGGUAUGACUCUGCCAGGUAUGACUCUGCCAGGUAUGACUCUGCCAGGUAUGGCUCUGCCAGGUGUGGCUCUGCCAGGUAUGGCUCUGCCAGGUAUGGCUCUGCCAGGUAUGGCUCUGCCAGGUAUGGCUCUGCCAGGUAUGGCUCUGCCAGGUAUGGCUCUGCCAGGUAUGGCUCUGCCAGGUAUGGCUCUGCCAGGAAUGGCUCUGCCAGGAAUGGCUCUGCCAGGUAUGGCUCUGCCAGGAGAUUUCAAGGGGGAUGCCCGCUCAACAACCAUGCGGCUCUUGAGCAUACACAUGCAGACGCCGAAAGUACAUACACUUACAUUUGCCAAGGGCUUGAGUAGCAUGACUGGCAUGAGUGCCUAG